AGGCGUGACGUCGGGCGCCUGAAGGAGACUUGGGGACGCCCGGCUAGCGCUCUGGGGCUCCUUGAUAGCCGCCGCCGCUGCCGCUCGCUGCCCGCACUUCAUGAGGAAGAUGCUCGCCGCCGUCUCCCGCGUGUUAUCCGGCGCUGCCCAGAAGCCGGCAAGCAGAGUAUUGGUGGCGUCCCGUAAUUUUGCAAACGAUGCUACAUUUGAAAUUAAGAAAUGUGACCUUCACCGGCUGGAAGAGGGCCCUCCUGUCACAACCGUGCUCACCAGAGAGGACGGACUCCGAUACUACAGGAUGAUGCAGACUGUGCGCCGGAUGGAGUUAAAGGCUGAUCAGCUGUACAAGCAGAAAAUCAUUCGCGGUUUCUGUCAUUUGUGUGACGGUCAGGAAGCCUGUUGUGUGGGCCUAGAAGCCGGCAUAAACCCCACAGACCAUCUUAUCACAGCCUAUCGGGCUCACGGCUUUACCUUUACUCGUGGGCUUUCUGUCCGAGAAAUUCUCGCAGAACUUACAGGUCGAAGAGGAGGCUGUGCUAAAGGAAAAGGAGGCUCGAUGCACAUGUAUGCGAAGAACUUCUAUGGGGGCAACGGCAUCGUUGGCGCUCAGGUGCCCCUGGGAGCUGGGAUCGCUCUGGCCUGUAAGUAUAAUGGAAAAGAUGAGGUCUGUUUGACUUUGUAUGGCGAUGGCGCUGCUAAUCAGGGUCAGAUAUUUGAAGCAUACAAUAUGGCUGCUUUGUGGAAAUUGCCUUGUAUUUUCAUCUGUGAAAAUAACCGCUAUGGAAUGGGAACAUCUGUUGAGAGAGCAGCAGCCAGCACUGACUACUACAAGAGAGGCGACUUUAUCCCCGGGCUGAGGGUAGACGGAAUGGACGUCUUGUGUGUCCGGGAGGCGACAAAGUUUGCAGCUGCACAUUGUAGAGCUGGAAAAGGGCCCAUCCUGAUGGAGUUGCAGACUUACCGUUACCAUGGACACAGCAUGAGUGACCCUGGAGUCAGUUAUCGUACACGAGAAGAAAUUCAGGAAGUAAGAAGUAAGAGUGACCCUAUAAUGCUUCUCAAGGAUAGAAUGGUGAACAACAAUCUUGCCAGCGUGGAAGAAUUAAAGGAAAUUGAUGUGGAAGUGAGGAAAGAAAUUGAGGAUGCUGCCCAGUUUGCCACUGCUGAUCCUGAACCACCUCUGGAAGAACUAGGCUAUCACAUCUAUAGCAGCGACCCACCUUUUGAAGUUCGUGGUGCAAAUCAGUGGAUCAAGUUUAAGUCCAUCAGUUAAUGGGAAGAGCACAUCUGAUGGCUGGUUUAACCUUCGGUGGGCUAUUUGGCAGGAAUUCUGUUAUCUUUAAGGAGGAAUUAAACCCAUAAAAAAAAUUUCUCUACGACUAAACAGUGUGUAGAUUAAGUGCAUGCAGUUUUAACUCUGCUGCAUUAGAAAAUGUUAUUGCACAAAGUAUCUAGUGUGAGUAUUAUAAAGGUUAUUUUAGACCUAUAUAAGAUAGGUAAGUUUGCUUAAUCCUUCCUUGAAAUUAUUUCCAUAAAGUAGUUGGCUUAGUUGUAACACUCUCGUUAAAAGGGAAAAGUUCUUUGUAUUCUGUCCACCCCUUCCCCUGGCAGCGGCAUGAAGGUGCGGCGGCCUAUUUACACUGACCUAGACAGUGUUGCUGAUAGCUGGGCAGUGGGGACGAACAAGUCCAUCCUUAAAAAAGACAAAACUACUUCAUUUCAUAAGCCAAAUAACUUAGUUUUCUCCAUUUAUACAUUCAAUAUAAAUAAGCAAUUAAGUUUUCUUUACAUUCAUAUCAAACAUAAAUACAAGGCAUGUAUUCUGACCAAUUUUAUCUCUUACAAAGUAAGUGCAAUACCAGUUAAUAUAAUCUGAACAACGACCCUAGCCUUUGUUUUUAAAUACCCACUGUCUCACCCUUGCAGCAAGUACUAUAGGGUAUACUGGUGUUUUUUUUUCAAUUGAAGUAAAUUAAAAUUCAUUUUUCAUACUUUGGAAUGGCAGAAGUAGGCCUCACAAGGGAAUAAUUCUACUCACUUUCAAAACAUGCUGGUAACAGGGUUUAAACAAACCCAUUGUAGUUAACAAAAAUCUUUAUAAACUUGUACCUGAACUGUUGAUUAGAUAACGGUGUUUUCCUUACAGAAACUUUAACAGCAAAAAAGUCCGCUCUUUGCUCCCCUUGUGCCCGGGCUUAGUUGCCCCAUUAGCCUAAUCCUGGGCGCCUGGAGACCCCUGAGCUCGUCUUCUGUGCUGGGAGACGGCAGUCCAGAGUCUGCAGAGGUGGCCACCACUACAAAAUGAACAAGUCUGUCUUAGAGUCAUGAGAAAAGACAACUUGAGAGCUUAUCACAGAACACUUUUUGCCGAGGCCUUAUGGUAUGAUCCUAGACUUGUCUCAAUUUGCUGUCUAGUCUUAAUGUAUGAAGGUGACUCUUGAGCCACAGCAGAAACAGGACAUGGCUCCCUGCGGUCUUACAGGGGCAGGAAGCUGUGGGGAGGGCGCUGCUACCUUACGCCUUUCCUCACUCCUGACCAGGCAGGGGGAGAGCACUGGUUUUGCCUUCCUAUUUGGCCUCCACCUCUUAGCUAACCUUAACUUGGGUUUGGAGUGAGGUUGGGUAUUUUUGUUUUCUAAGACAUAGGAAAGGGAAUUUCAAUGACGGGGAAAGCCACAGCGCUUUGCUUUACUGAAAAAUAUACAAAAAGGUCAUCUUCUGGUCUACAAAGUGUUUUGAGGCUAUUCUUACCGUAGAUUAAGGUAUCUUAGAUCUUCUUUAGUGAUAUCAUUAAGAAUAUCAGAAAGUGUAUAGCCCUCUCCAACAAUCUGAAACAAAGGUAACAUCUAUAAGACUAAGUGGCUUCACAGUAGUAGCACCGGGAAGCGUUGUGGCCAGGAGUUCACCUUUUCAAUUGUAUUUGCAUCUGCUCCUUGUAGCUGCAGCCAAUCCACAAGCUCUUUGUCAGUUUUCUGCCCGCGAGGCCCAGGGGGAGCUGCUGCAUUCUGCGUAGUGUCUAUAUCAAUGUGAAACUUGUUAUGUAUUGACAUGUAAGAGUAAAAUUGCUAACACAAAUUGGAUGAAAUAAAUGAUCCAGAAUGUAAAUAUGA